AUGCCAGCUGAGCGUCGUUUAUUCCGACCUGGAGGCCCUCAGCCAUCUAAACAAAGCAAUCAGUCCAUCAGCCAUAGAUCCAAGAUUGAUUCUGGUGAGCGUUUCCUGUCUGGAGAUUCUGAUGAUGAUGGGUCGUAUGCAUCUGAUGACCCUGAUGAAGAAGUUGAGGAAGAACAGUCUGGAGAUGUGACGAAGGAGACAGAAGAAGAUGAUGUUGACUCGGAGCUUGGGCUUCUAAUUGACGAGACCGGUAAUGAGUUAGCCUCCUCACAUGAAUCAUAUUCUGACACUGCCAAAGGGAAUAAAAUUACAAAAGUUGAGGAUACUAAAGGUCUGGAGGAUGAUAGUAAGCGUGAUUGUUGGAAGACAAACGAAAAUGACGUGGAAAAUGAUGAGGGUAAAGCACAGAUUCGCAGCAAACAGGCUCGACUACGUCGUUCUUCUCCCAUCUAUAUUAGUUUGGACGAGGAAGAGUCAGGGCGACCUCGUAACUUGGCCUCUGAGCGCAACUCGGCUGGACGCACUGACGAUCCAGAUAUAGAAACGGACUCAGACGGUGAUAGUUCUGAAAGUUUAGAUCAAGCUAGUCUUCCGGCUCAGACUGCCGCCGGCAGGCGGGUGAACCAACAGACGCGGACUGUAGGCAAAAAGAUGGAUCCUGUCUCGUCCAUUGCUGUUGCCGCCUCGGAAACUGCUUCAGGCCAAUCGUCUAAUUCAAAGAAUGCACAGACCGUUAAGGCGACAGCAGGCAUCGGUACCUCCUCGAUUGUCCAAUCUUCCGCCAAGCGAUCACUUGGAAGCCUAAGCGGCGCCAGUUCUACUGCUUCCGUUACUUCUCCACUCGGCGACAAAAAGACUGCUGGCAGUGAUCGUCGGAAGACGGGACCUGCUUUGGCAGCAGCUGGGACUCAGCCUAAACGAAGUCAGCAGAAAGAAAGCGGCGAACAGUUUAGUGACGACGAUGUCAUUAUAUUGGGCCGAGAGACGGGAAGACGUACCGCCUUUCAGGCCUCUCGCCUGCGCAAAUUUGGCUCUGACUCUGAAGAAGAGGCUGCAAUGCCUGGCCGCAAAGCUGAAAGCAGCAUCCCGGCAACUGAUGCCGCCGAGCCGGAUGAAGCAGAAGCCGGUCGUCAGGACGAUGAGGCCGUGGAAGGUAAAGCCAACCGGAGGCUGAAGCACCAACUGCGCCAGGGUCGGCAAAGACGGCAGACCAAAUCCGGACAAGACGGAGCAGGCCAAUCGGUGGCUAAGCGAGAAUCGGGACCUGGAGACUUGCGAAAGCCGUCGGGCUCGAAGCGUUUCAAGUCGGCACAAAAUAUCUCGAUUACGCUUAACUCCAGCUUCUCUUCAACCUCAAGUUCAGAAUCUGAUGCCGGCGAUGCUACUUUCACGCAUCCAAACAGUUCCACCCGGUCAUCCCGAUCGUCUUCGGGCACAAAUAAUUCAGUCCAGUCGAAGCCUCGCCGUAAGGCGACAAAUAUAAAGAGGCCAAUAAUACUGGUCUCUGAUGAUGACAAUGAAGAUGAGGAUGCCGAAGAUGGAGAUGUCGAGGCUGAGGAAGACGGUGCCUUCGAGGCGGCGAGUGGAACGAUUCAAGAGAAGAAAUCCACCUCUUUGCGUGGUCGUCAGCCGCUUGGACGCAGUGAAGCAAACAAAUCGAGUAGAGACGACGAUUCGAGUAGGAAAGUCCAAUAUUCGCGUGGGGAAAAGGAGGCCGGCGAGGCGUGUGCAGAAGAGGACGAAGAGGAGACCGGAUCAGAAGAGCUAAUUAGCCGACCACGACCCUCUAAGCGCCGAAAGACUGCCGCCAAGCGCUAUAUAAUCGAUUGA